CUUGUGCAAUAAUCUGCAUCGAAAGCCAUAUCUCGUAUCACCGCCGCUCAUUCAUUUGCAACCUGGCGACGACACGCAUCAAUCCUUCUCCAACGCCGUGCCUUUAGCUGCGAUACUGCUGCUUACAGCAGCGCUAGGCCGCCCAGAUGCUUAAACACUUAAAGAAGGUGUUCGUGUCCUUCACGCCCGGCGACUUGAGAGCGGCAUCAGCACGAGAGCUGCUCCAAAGGGCCAGCAGUAACGCAGCAAAGAAGAGCAACCCCGCAUGCGUGGUGGAGUUCAACGUGGACGAGCAGGGGCUGUCGGGGCGCGCCUACGUUGACCUGACGUUCGCUGACAACGAGUCGCGGCGGGUGCAGACGGCAGAGAUGAGCGUGGAGGACAUUGCGCGGCUCAUAGAGCAGAAGGCGGGCGAGAUGGAGAUGCGCACAGUCAUGAAGGAGGUGGGCUACGACCCAUGGGCGCAGGCCAACCGGCUGCCGUCGCGGCGGUGACAAAGGGCGGCUGCCGUGGCAGGACAGGGAUGGUGGUGCAACAGUUUAUGGAGUAGGUUAUAGUACUGUGUGUUUGGGUUGAGUCCCCGAAGCGAAGCGACCCAGUGUCAGUGGGUGAGCGAUGUGACGGCUGUUUGGAUGUGUGUGGCCUUUGGGUCGAGCGGGCAUGGCAGUUGAACUCGAACACGACCUUCCGGGCUGGGACUGUAUGGAUGCGGAUUACAAGUGAACGGACUGUAUGAUGUGGUGUGGGCUCAGUCCAGUUUUUGGAAGGAGUUUUUUGGCGGGAUGCGGGCGUAUGCAUCGCGUUUUUGCGGCUGAGUUUCCUUUGGCAAGAGUCCGGGGACUGUUGGUGAAGCCAAAUAGGGUACUCUAACGCAUCAGUCCAUGAGGUCAUGACGUCGUAUGCCUUCAGUGGAGUGCAAUAAGCCCAGGGUUGGGUAAACCGGGGCGCUUCCGGAUUGUCCUGCGCGUGCCGGCAGUUAGCGCAGAGCUUCCAGCUCCCGUGAGACCACGAAAUUGUAAUCCGGCUUUCCA